GAAAGAUAGUCGCGAAGCAGAACGGGGGUGGUCACUUUCACCGUGUUAUCGCGUAUCCGCCGAUUUGGGGUAGCUUUCGGGGUGAGUUAUACGCUUGCGCAUAGCCACGCGUACUUAGCGGAGCCGGAGCGACGUGCAACAACCAUGCUAGCCUCAGUUUUCACCAGGGUCUCGUCGGGGAAAAAAGCGAUCGACGGUCCCGGUUCAACCUUGCCAGAGCGUUUCGAUCAUCGUACGCGUCGCAACCGGACGGUCUUCUAUUUUUCACGCGACAUGACUAACUGUGCCUCGGCAUGUGACUCACUGAAAACAAUAUAAAAAAAGCCGCCUAUGGAUUCGUCGUCGAUCCACGUGUGACGCCCAGCUGUGUGGCUCGAUCGCGCGAUCCCCGUCGAUCGUUUCGCGUCUCUCGAUGCUUCGAACGCUAACAAAAGAAAAGAAACAGUAUUUAAAACGAUAGUCGAAAGAUAAAAGAAUUAAUAAACGGUGACGAUUAAAUAUCAACUGUCUUCGAGGCUAGUGAUCUCUUAUCUCUUAUCUAGGAACUCGAUCAAUGUUGUUUCGAUUUGGUUUUCGAGGCUUGUGAUAGAUUCUCGAGUUUCUGUGGUCGAAGAGGACGCACGGUUGUUCGAAUGGGUCGUGAAGGCUUACCUACGGAAAAGUUUACGCGAAACGAGUCCUCGAGUGGUUAGAACGGUUUCCGGCGUGAAUUCACGGAAUAGGCGUGCUGUAUGGAAACGUCAGCCCUCUCGGGGCACGAUGAAGCCGUCGAGAAAAAUUCCACCGAGCACGUUGAUCGGGUUUCCAUGAACAGCUGCCCGCCUAGCAGCUUCCCCGACAAGUUCCAAGACUUCUUCGCAGCACUCAACGAGGAUUCCGACGAUCUACCCAGCAUGCUCGAGGACAAACUAAUACCUAGACAGCAGGACACCCCGAACUCCGACUCGAAGGGCAGACGAUGGAGCAAGAGAGCGUUUCAGAGGCGGAGCAGCGAGGUCGAAGUUGGUCUGCAUCGCACCUCCUUGACGGGGUCUCAAGGUCACGCCACCGUCGAUGGCUCGAAAUCACCGACCCCGUCCAGACGACGGAGUUGCAGCAUAGCCGUGGCCAGACCCACUCCAGACUUGCACAGGAAAAUAAUGGGAUCCUAUUUACGUCAAAGUAUCACACAGUUUCUGCAAGCAGAGGCGGGUCCGUGGGGUCACCUGUCGCCCUCUCCGAGAAGUCCUACGAGGACCCCGGCGAUAAGUCCUGGGGCAGCGUCGUCCACCUCUCACUUAAGUCCAGGGACCAGCUCUGGCGGGCCCAGUCCGACCAGUCCAGCUGGCCCUGCCGGUUCGACGGCAGGCCCACGUGGACCCGGGCCCAGGCAAUAUCGUGGGAGGACCUGUAGCAUGCCAGCAGUUCCACGGCACAGGCCGAUGCUCGCAGAAACGAAACGCGGGGGCGCCGGUGGAGCCGAGGAGGGUGAAACCGAGGACGGCGUGGAAUAUUACAGGCUGAGAUCGUUUUCUAUAACAGCGAACGGGGUCUACAACCUCGGUGAUUCGUUGAAGAGCCGUCGUAGCAGAAGCAUCAACAGUGUCACGUCGUCGGGCACUAGCUGCAGCAGCACCAAGGAGGCUAGAUUACGCAGCUCGGCGUCGCAGAUCUCCGGCAUGGAGGCCGAAGAGGAGAUGAGCAACGAGCGAGUGACCACUUACAAAGUCGGCAUGCUGGGCGCGUCUGGCGUUGGGAAAACCGCCCUCACGGCCCAGUUCACAACCAGCGAUUACAUUUGCGCUUACGACACGUCACUCGACGAGGAGUACGACCAAAAGAACGUGUCAGUCAUGCUCGAUGGCCAGGAAACGGAACUGGUGAUCAUCGAUCAUCCUGCGGCCGAGAUGUCGGUUGAGGCAUUCUGUUCGACCUACAACCCGGACGUCUGUGUGGUGGUCUACUCUGUGGUGGACAGACAAAGUCUGAAGGUGGCCCAGGAUACGUUGCUGUACCUUUGGAACAGCGAUUACAUGGCCAAUCACGGUGUGAUCCUCGUCGGGAACAAAGUCGACCUCGAACGGAAGCGCGAAGUCGCGUCAGUCGUUGGCCGACGUUUGGCGAACCACUGCGGCUGCAAAUUCAUCGAAACUUCCUCGGGGAUCGCGCAUCACGUAGACGAGCUGCUGGUCGGCAUUUUGGCGCAAAUCAAAUUGAACCCGCAGCGGGACCGGGAUCAAGCGACCAGACGAAGAAGAAGCAAACACCGCAGGAGGAUCCUGAAGCAUCUGCUGGGCUUCAAGAGGAAAGCCAAGAGCUGCGAGAAUCUUUUCGUUCUCUAACGUUUCACCAUUGAUGGGAACAAUGUAUUCGACGAAAAGAUAUUCUGUCUUUUAUCGAUCGUUUGAUUUUUCUGUGCGUAAGGUAUGUAUAAAAAGUAGAAACGAUAUGCUCGUCAGAGAGGUAUCGCGGAAUGUUUCGUGACACGUCGAAUCCGUUUCAGCGAUGCACGAGCAGAGAUCUUCUCACGAAUUGUACGUUUCAUUUAAUCUUCUCAUCACCGAACUAAACUUAUGUCUUUAAAUCCUUUAACAAACUUUUAUGUUCCAGUGUGAUUGUCCUGCGCAGACCUUCGUCACGCGUGUUCAUAUUUUUCGUACCGAAAUUAUUGCAGUUGUCGAGCUUCUUUCGAUUAAAACGAGUAUAAACAUGAGCUUGCUCUGAUUAUUUUUAAUUAUUCAAAUAAUUUCUGAUAUAUUUUCCAGUACGUGUAAUUAAAAGUAAUAGGAAUAAGGUCGUGUCUGGGCUCAUUUUUAUCGGAAGAACCUCAGUAACGCAUUGAUAAUACUGUCGAGAAUUUGAUCCCAGGUACGUAUCUUAUCCAAUUGCUCGAGUCUAGUUCAAAGAAUUGUCUAUUAAAUUCCCAAUGAUUCCAAAAAAUUAAAGGAUAUACAAACAAUUUAAAAGAAUCAAUUAUAUUGGUCAAUAAGAAUUAGUAGAGUUCACAAGGCUAACAGAGACAUAGAUAAAUUUUUUCCAUCGUUCUUUUGUCCCUAAUCCAUCGUUGAAAUGGUCCAACGUGUUACGAAACACACCACGCAAAUAUAGUUUCUUAUUCUUCGGUGAAAUAUGGGGCGUCUAACAAGGAAAGUCUCAAACCCUUGUCAAUUUCAAUGAAACUUGGCAAAGCGAUAGAUCCAUAUCUACAGUAAGCGUAACCAUAAUCAUAGCUAUAGAUGCUGCAAUUAUGAUUGUACUUAUCGUCGCGUCUGGAACUUUCGUAAAAAGCGAGGAAAGUAUUUUUACGACGUUGAUCGUGUAAUGUCGAAAAUGAUUCUAGACGAUGAGGUCAAAGCAUGUGUGGCGCUGCCCCUUUGGUGGCGAGCAUAGGAGGCGACGCCACACAUGCGUCCAAGGAUCAUUUCGUAAGGUAAGGAAAUAUUCUUUUAACAAAUCGAAUCAAUGGAACGCAGGAAGCGCGAGAAUCGUACGAAAAGUGUGAUUUUUAUUUUUAGAUGCUCCAUACGAAGCAAUAUCGUAACAGUAUUGCGAGUACGCUACGACUAAUGUUUUAAAAGCUACGAUUAAGGAAUGGAGAAUGUGUCGUGGGUGUGCUUUGUCCUUGAAAAUUUCAUAGGUUAAAAUUCUUACCGAUUAAACGAAUUUAUUAAAAAAAUUUAAUACAAGUUGCUGUGUAUUCCGACAUUUUGUAACUCUCUAUCGUUUGCAUUGAAAACAAAAGAAAACAAUAUCUUAGAGAAGAAGAGACGGGUACACGAGUUUUAGGGAACACGCUCGAAAGUUUGCAAUUAAAAUUAGAAAUUUCAUCGACAACGUUAGCAUUCAAAGUUAACAUUCACGUGUAUUUAAAAAUAAUCAAUGUCGACGCUCGUUGUUACAUAUUACGCUGAACGUCAGCCCAGCACUCUAUUAAAGAAUUUAAUUUGUACGCGUAAAUUCCGUAAUGUUCAUGGCUCGUUAUUUGUUCGGAGAAUUGGAGAUUUCUAUUAUCCUAUCGAAAUUUCUUCGUAGAAUGGCCUGUUUCCUCGCACUCCUCGCAAAACAAAGUAAUUCCAGCUCUCUCUGUCUACCGAGAACAGAAAUUGUUCAAAUGGUUAGUUAACGUACGAAACUUUUAUUAUUCGUUGUAACGUGUUGUCUUUUUUUUUUUUAACUUUAACAACGUUUUCGAGCAAACACUUCGAUAAAAUAAACUUUCAACGAAAAACGAAUGCAGCGUUUGGUACUGUAAUAGGCAGUAGGUGUUAGUUUUAUAGCGAGUAAGGUAUUCGUGAAUCUCUUUGUUCUUAACGUAGUUUGUCACGAUCGGAAUGAAAAUCAAAAAGAAAUAAAUACGUCUUCGCGGAUCAGUAAUCGAAGAUUCGCCGAUGACAGAUGUACAGAACAUCCGAAACAUAUCGAAUCUUCAAGUUGUAUCGAUGAUAAUGAAUUUUUAAGCCAGAUCACGAUCUGCAUCGAAUUUUUAAUUCGGAGUAGGAACUGUGUCCAAUUUUAUGAAGUAAUUAUUCCGUUGCUUGAGAAUCACUGAAUUUUGUGAACGAGGCCAAGCAUGUUAUUAAAGGACCCCGCACAGAUCUUAUGGAAAAUGGCCCACGGAUAAAUUAGCUGAACUUUUGAUAUGAUGUAGUUCAUAAUGUCUUGAUGAAAACUUCCAAUGAUAAAUUGAACAGUUUCAAAAUAAAAAAACGCCCAAAAGGUAAAAAUUGGUUCUCCAUCAAAACAAUAUGAAUGUUGAGAUUCUUAUGGUCGAAUAGAGAAAAGUAUAAAAACGGCCCUCUUCAGGGCCACAUAGUGUGCAAAAUCCGAUCGAACAACCUCCUCGUGGUUCACACUGGAUAAUGCUAAUGUCGACGGUGCUUCAUGUUUGUACAAUGAAAAAGAGAACCAAUUUUUACCUUUUGGGCGUUUUUUUAUUUUGACUCCUGAAUGGUAGUCAGAUGGUCAGGGGGUCAAGGGAUAAUAUUUAAGGGCCCACAGUACAACUGCUGAGUUUUAAGGGGUCAAAUAAAUGGACAGUGUACAACAGUGCUUCUUAGACUCAAAUAUGCUCAAACGCAGUGGUCUAGAAUAAGGCG